GCGUGACCACCUCGCUGAGAAGAAGGUUGGCCGGAAGCGGUUGGUUUCUGCAGAAACCGAACGAACAACCAGCCAACUAAAAAUUUCCUCCUCUCCCUUUCUCCUCUGCACUCCACGCAACAGGAUACUCCGGCGCGAGGAAGCAACCGGUCGGCCGAGGCGAUUCGUUCCCCUUUCGUACACCCCCCUCCCCGGUAUCUGCAUCUCCUCUCUCCGAUAAAAGAAUCCUCCGCUGCUACAAUCCCACACGUCUGGUCCGUCGAUCGGUUCCUUGUCGGAUCAAAGUCUCCUUGCGUUUAUUUUUACCUCUCCGUCUGGGGCUCUCGGUUAUUUGCUUUGGCUUUGUUCGGUUCGGUUUCUUGGGGCUCUGUCGCCGGCUCGCCGCCCAUGGCCAAGCGGCGGAGUAGAUUCGCUUUUGCUAGGUUCGGCUGCUUCGGGGGGCAAGCUCGGGCGAAGAAGAUGGCAGAGGUGGGGUACCCGGUGAAGCUGCACAUCUAUGAUCUCAGCCAGGGGAUGGCCCGGGAGCUCUCGGCAACGAUCCUCGGCAAGGCCAUCGAGGCGAUUUGGCACACCGGCGUGGUCGUCUACGGGUGCGAGUACUACUUCGGCGGCGGCAUCCAGCAUGGCCAGCCCGGCCGGACGCCGUACGGCACUCCCGUCCGGGUGGAGGACCUCGGCGUGACCCACGUCCCCCGGGAGGUGUUCGAGGACUUCCUCCGGGAGAUCGGCCCGCGCUACACCCCGGCCACCUACAGCCUCCUCAGCCACAACUGCAACAACUUCAGCAACGAGGCCGCGCAGUUCCUCGCCGGCGCCAAGGUCCCCAGCUACAUCCUCGAGCUGCCGAACCAAGUGAUGAACAGCCCCGUCGGCGCUCUGAUACUGCCGAUGAUCCAGGGGCUGGAGACGAGCUUGCGGGCCGGGGCGGUGCCGCAGCCGCCGCAAAUCAGGUCGGCUCCCGCACCGGUCGCCACCGCCACCAUGACGCCGCCGUCGGCGGAUGACGUCGAGCAAAGAUCGACUGCUGCUGCUGAUAAACCGGACGAGGAGACGGCGGGCAAUGGCAGUGACAAUGGCAGCACGGCCGUUCCACCGGCGGUGGAGCCCGCGGCGCCACCGGCGGCCGCCACUCAGGUGAGCGCGGCACCUGCGGCAGCGGUGGAGACGAAGGCGGCGCCUCCGGACCCCCUGGCGGAGGCGAAGAGCCGGGUGCAGGAGGAGAUAAAGCGGGAGUUCGCGGCCAUCAUGGCGGCCGGCGCGGCGCGGCCCGGCGAGGCGGCCGCCCUGGCCACGCGCCGCGUCAUGGAGCGGCACGGCCUGCAGCGCGCCGCCGUCUCCGCGCAGCGAGGGUAGUAGGCGUAGGUAGCGCCGGUGAGUGGGUGGCGUUGGCGGUCGUGUAAAAUUGCCCGUUGAAUCACGCUCGUUAAGAUCGUUGGUGGAUGGAUGGUCAGUCAGACGCGUUUGCCUCGGAUUUC